AUGUCAUCAAAUCUAGGAAAAAUACUGAUACUCACGCACGCCUGCCAAGGGCAGCAUGCUGAAUCACGCUCGCAAGUUAGGGGACAAAAUUGGCCAGCAUCAACGGGCAUGGCACAGAUUGAUGAUGCCAAAGCCACAGCAACGACGGCAAGGGCGAUUGCAGAGGAGAAAUGCAUUAAUCAAUUUACCUCGGGAGCAUCAUUCAAACCGCGGCCGACACAUUCAAAUGAAACUAUCGGAAAUGGAAUCACCCGCGACGAGGUUUUGGUGCAGAAGACCGUGACAAACCUUGCGGACGAUUACCAAGCGAUAACAAUUGAGCGCCGACAAAUGUCUGUAGUCGACCGGUCAGUGGUCACGAUCACACCGCGGGAAAGAGUGACGCCUGUCCUGCCAGGGGCCUGGGCACCAUUAGCAAAAACCAUGGACCCGAUUCGACCGUCUCGCCGACUCUCGAGUACCUUCCCCGCUUACAUUGUGUUUGAUAUCCAAGGUAUAUUGGAGGAUUUAAAAACGGUGCAAGUGCGAACCGCUUGCUAUCGUGUUGUAGCGCCUGGACAAUCACAACCACUGCCUCGCCACGUAAUUCAGAAUUGGAUCGAGGUGCUCGCAGCUCGUGGUGGUACAUCUCCGGAUACACGGAAUCCUCCCUCUAAAGAGUCGUUGUCGAAAUGGGUGGGAAGUCACAAGCCAAAGUUGGUACUCGUAUGCCAUCUCGAUAAUGUGCAUAAUAAUAUUAGUAUAGGCAAAUUUGCGCUUGUCAUAUCUUUUCGAACGUCGUUGAAACGAUCAAAGCCGGAAGUCAGAGCAGGGGGCUCUAUGGUACGGGAUAUAGUAAUAGUAACUCGCGUGUCAGCGCCAGCGGUCGUACUGCGUCACUGUGAAAGCAGAAACAUGCCUCGCAUGGCAGAAUGCUUCGGGCAGGUGUUGCAUUGCGACUCAAAUCAGCAAAUGAAGUCAGCGUCAGCAUGGAUGGGUGUGGGAGAGCAUUUGAUUGUCAGGGUUCGUCAGGGCAGACCGCGAUACUUCAAGUUGUUCAAUCAUAAUUCAUUCGAGCCAUCUUCUGCAUAUGGCCAGCCACAUAAGGGUGCAGUACAGAAACAUGUGCAGGGGCCGCCUUCCUCCAACACGGUGAUACGUUCGAAGCGGCAAGACUGGCUGCUUGUCCCUGUUAAUCUCAUUUCCUCAAAGGAAAUGGUGCAUUUCCAUGACACGAAGCUGCAACUCGUGAACGAGGGAAAUUCAAAGCAAAACGCAAAUUGA